UCUUGGCUUCACUCUCUCUUCGGCUACGUGCACUGUGGACUUGUGUGUGCUGAGCUUUAGAGGGUAGAGUGUGUGUGCCUGUGAGGGAGCUAGUGGAAGUGCUUAGAGCUUCAGCAAGCUUAAGUUCACUUUUGUCUCAGUGUGCUUUCAGCUGAGGUGCUACUUUUACACGGAUCAGGACAAAGAGGGAGAAAAGAAAACAAGGCAAGGGGACCAAGUAGAUAAACAGCCUGAGGGCUUAGAAAAGACAACACACUCAUACACACACACACACACACACAUCUACACUCAAGUGUGUUGAGAACUGGUGCCGGCGGUCAGUUUUCUCUUGCCUGGGCUGACCAAUUCUCCAAGAGGGAUGUGAUCAUUGUACGCUUUACACCCUGACUCUACACACAUCCAUACACCUGCUCCAUCCUCAGGUGCUGCUCUGAAGAUCUGGACCUCUGUUAGUAGCUGUGUAUCUUUGGGUUCAUCAUGGACUACUUUUGGGGGAUGGCAGUGCUGCUGUGUGGGCUCUGGACACCGCAGAGAGGAGCCGAUGCUCAGCGUGCCAAAAGCAACGUGCCCCGACUCAAACUCUCCUACAAAGAAAUGUUGGAGUCGAACAACUUGUUUACUUUCAACGGACUGGCCAACAGCUCAGCCUACCACACAUUUUUACUGGAUGAGGAGAAGGGUCGGCUCUUUGUAGGAGCAAAGGACCAUCUCCUGUCAUUCAACCUGAUAGACAUCAACAUGGACCAGCAGCUGAUAUCCUGGCCUCCAUCUUCAUCACAUCGGGAUGAGUGCAGGUGGGCUGGAAAAGAUGUGCAGAAAGAGUGUUCAAAUUUUAUAAAGGUGUUGCAGCCAUUUAAUCACACUCACCUGUACGCAUGUGGAACAGGAGCCUUCCACCCUGCCUGUGCUUAUGUGGAGGUGGGCAAACGGCCAGAGGACAACGUCUUCAGGCUGGAUUCAUCACACUUUGAGAAUGGCCGAGGGAAAAGCCCCUAUGACCCAAAACUCAUGACUGCUUCACUACUUAUUGAUGGUGAGCUGUAUUCUGGGACAGCAGCCGACUUCAUGGGGCGAGACUUUGCUGUUUUCCGAACGUUAGGAAAGCAUCAUCCAAUCAGGACGGAGCAGCAUGAUUCCCGGUGGCUCAAUGAACCUAGGUUCGUAGGUGUCCAUCUCAUUCCUGAGAGCGAUAACCCUGAAGAUGACAAGAUCUACAUGUUCUUCAGAGAGAACGCCAUUGACGGAGAACAAACUGGCAAAGCCACACAUGCCAGAAUCGGGCAGCUGUGUAAAAACGACUUUGGAGGUCACAGGAGUUUGGUGAAUAAAUGGACCACGUUCCUGAAAGCUCGGCUCAUCUGCUCUGUUCCAGGCCUUAAUGGAAUUGACACACACUUUGAUGAGCUGCAGGACGUCUUUCUGAUGAGCUCAAAGGACUCCAAGAAUCCUAUCAUCUAUGCAGUGUUCACAACAUCCAGUAAUAUCUUUAAAGGCUCAGCAGUGUGUAUGUACAGCAUGGCUGAUGUCAGGAGGGUGUUUUUGGGUCCCUAUGCUCACCGGGAUGGGCCCAACUACCAGUGGGUGCCCUUUCUAGGCAGAGUGCCCUAUCCACGCCCUGGCACGUGUCCAAGCAAAACCUUUGGAGGUUUUGAAUCCACAAAAGAUCUACCUGAUGAUGUUAUCACUUUUGCCCGAAGUCAUCCAGCCAUGCACAACCCAGUGCUUCCCCUCAACAACCGCCCAAUCAUUGUUAAGACUGAUGUGGAUUACCAGUUCACACAGAUCGUUGUGGACCGAGUGGAGGCAGAAGACGGACAGUAUGAUGUCAUGUUCAUUGGCACAGAUCUUGGCACAGUUCUUAAGGUGGUCUCGAUUCCCAGAGGCACUUGGCAUGACCUUGAGGAAGUUUUACUGGAAGAGAUGACUGUGUUUAGGGAACCAACAGCUAUAACUGCUAUGGAGCUUUCCACCAAACAGCAACAGCUCUAUCUAGGCUCGAAUAUCGGCAUUUCCCAGAUGCCACUGCACCGCUGUGACGUUUACGGCAAGGCCUGCGCUGAAUGCUGUCUAGCACGAGACCCCUACUGCGCCUGGGAUGGCUCGCAGUGUUCCCGAUACUUCCCCACCGCUAAGAGGAGGACUCGGCGCCAAGAUAUCAGGAACGGAGACCCUCUCACUCAGUGUUCGGACCUGCAGCACAAUGACGAGGAGAAUGGUGAGAGCACCCUGCUGGAUAAAACAGUGUAUGGGGUGGAGAACAGCAGCUCCUUCCUGGAGUGCAGCCCUAAGUCUCAGCGUGCUCUCAUCUACUGGCAGUUCCAGAGACAUGGGGAGGACCGCAAACAAGAGAUAAAGUCUGACGAGCGAGUGAUGGGAACUGAACAGGGUCUACUGAUCCGAAGUCUGCUUCCGAAGGACUCGGGUGUGUAUUACUGCCAUGCAGUGGAACAUGGUUUCAUCCAGACACUCCUGCGCCUGACGCUCCACGUCAUCCCCACUGAUCAUCUGGACGAUCUCAUACAACGGCCACCCUCAGACGCCAGCCACUCUUCACAUGCCAAACUGUGGUACCAGGACUUCCUGUCUCUGAUUGACCCGCCUGGCCCCAACAGUGUGGACCAGCUAUGUGAGCAAGUGUGGAAGAAAGAGAGGAAGCAGCGGAGGCAAAAGGCCCACCACCUACAUGCUAGUCAAUCACAUGCUGCCCAGCUUCUUCACACCAGCCAGUCCAACUCCAGCAAGUGGAGGCUUAUGCAGGACAGCAAGAAAGGGCGCAAUCGUAGGACCCACGAGACACCGCGGGCACCUCGCAGUGUGUGACCACAUGCCCACAUAACUGCAAACACACACAAAUGUCGAAUAAAGAGAAGUGACUCUGACCAUUCUACUGACUGUGACUCUGAGAGGCACACACAGGAAAUGUGAAUACAAUAUUCCACUCCUCCUGCAGAGAGAGUGUAUGUUGGAAGCAAAACACACACACUCUGAGCUGUUCAUUCAGACUCAAAAUCCAGGAGUCUCCAGUGGAAAAAUUCACUCAUACCCAGAAUGGAUAAUAACACGCAGCGACAAUAUUCUGUAAAUAUCAUACAGAAUUAAGUGAACUUCUACGAGACGUACUUCUGUCUGUCAGAAUAAAGGCACAACUGAAGGCCACUGAUUAAACUUCUGUGCGUAUAUACUGCAUAAAACCCCAAAACGUGUAUCUGCCGAGCAAAACUGAGUCAAACCCUUUCCCAGUGAAGAUCCAGCGUGUCUCAGUGUACUCUUUUUCCAGCUCACUAUUUUCCUUCUCCUUAUUUUUAACUGCUCCAAAAGCAUUUGGCCAUGACAUUAAUACACAGCGUGUUUUCCCUUUCCUCAAUAAGCUUUCCGACAUAAGUACAUCCUUCAGCUAUUUUGUAGAGUAAUAUUUAAUUUUGUACUUUUUUCAGAAUUAUAUAUAAGAAUAUUACAUAAUAUAGAGUUAUUUUAUUAAUGGGGUCUCUUCAUGCUCUCACUCGAGCCUCUGUUUUCUGGGCUACUAAGCAUUUGUACUCAAGUUUUCUUUAUCAGAGCUGCUUUUCGAUUUUCCAUAUACCCUUAUUAUAGAAAUCUUCACCCAAAAGAAAGUGACAUGCCAUGCCAAGUGUGAUCAAAUAAUCCUGUUUGUUCCACUUCACUCUUGAAUGCUUGAAUCUGAUCAGUUAGAGGGCGUUGAUUCAUUUUCUAUAACAACAGCAAGACAAAUCAUAUAUUAAUGUGCUCACUCAAAUACAUUAUCAUUUCUAUAGUAACAACUCCUUCACAGGAAUUAAGGUUAAUAAAUGUUUUAAAAAAGUGCUGUUAUUUAACAAAGCAUCAAAACAAAAGCAUCUAAUUAUUGAUGUGUAAAGUUUUCCAUAAGGAGAAGUUGAUAUAUUUGGAAGGAGUCUCCAGUGUCAGCACUUUGUAAUGUUCAGUAAGUUUUCUGCCAUUACGCCAUUAAGUGAGGGACUGUUUACAGAUGUUACAACGGAACAUGUUCCACAACAUUAAAUAUAACUAUAAAUGGCUAAGAAAUAUGAUGUUACAUUCAUUAAUAAAUUAACAUUUAUUAUAAUUGACGAAUUGCUGUGGUAUAAGAGGAACAAAACACUCCAGGAAUAUGCUGUUCUAGGAAAUUCAUCAACUUCAGGGUGGACAUUAACUCUGUUUCACAUUGUGCCACAACACAUCACCUUGUUAUUGAUUCAUUUCCUAUAACAGCACACUGUGUGGUGUUUUAUUCCUUAAUUAAAUAAAGCAUUUGUAAUUUAUCCUGUGUCAGGUGUCACACAGGAUUUGGGUGGUGAUUUAUUUUUUUAAUGGGAAAGAAUCUUGCAUAAGAGAAAGUUCUUUUCAGAAGGUAAAACAUUACCAAAUCAGACCUCAUUAAACCACCAUUCAUGUGUAUUUUAUGUUUCCUCUUGCUGUAAAUUUGAACUGACACCCAACCUGUAUUCAGCCUGCACUGUAUUAUUGUGAAGAACUGAACACGUAGUUGAAAGCAUAGUGGAGUUUUUCACUGGGAAAACAAAACAAAAUCUUUCUUCUUCUAUUCCUGAAUUUUCUCUGUAGUACAGAAAUAAAGAAAUAAAACUUAGAGAAGACAGACAAGGCAGGAAGCCUUAAUAUUCCCUCUUUAAGGUCUAUAUUGGUUUAAUUAUAAAGAAAAGUAUGUAAAAACACCAGAAUGUAGCUGUGAAUAUACUGUAAAAUAUUUGGGAAGAAAGAUAAAACGUGUACAACCUGCAUGCGAAUGCUCUUAUCACUCCAUUUGUUCCUCUAGCAUUUGCAGUAGCUAGUUAGUAAUGUUGUGAGUGCCACAUACAGCUGUAGACUCCUGACAGUCCACAUUUACUCUGAGGUGGACAUACUCCUAUUCUUAGAUAUGUGACAAAUACAGUGUUAGCUAAGGGCUGUACUGCUGCCUAUGGUACUCUCUCCCACUGUAGCUCACACAGAUGAUGUAUACACUACACGGACCUGGAAUCUCACAGGUCGGACUGUGUGUUUUUCACUAUUUUACAAUAUACAAUGAGAAAUGCAACUCAAAACAGUAUAUGGUCAAUGAACCUUGGACAGAAACGGACACUUCCACAACAGUUGGGCAAAACUGGAUGGAAAAGAGGGAGAGUGAUGAAAAAAAAAAUGCUGCUGUAAAUUAUUUGUUUUGGCAUGUAUUCCAAUGUUCUAAUAAAUGUCUCUUGUAAGAACUUGCUCUGAA